AUGGCCUCCGCGGAGUUGAAUCAUAGCACUGCGGCAUCGCGGCGACAGCUGCAGGGUCGCUCAUCCCGACAGGACAAGUUCUCGGUGCUUCUGCCCACCUACAACGACCGCGAGAACCUGCGGCUCAUCGUGUGGCUGCUGGAGAAGAGCUUCUCCGACAGUGCAAUCAACUAUGAGAUUAUAAUCAUAGAUGACGGAAGCCCAGAUGGAACAAGGGAAGUUGCUGAGCAGCUGGAAAAGAUCUAUAGAUCAGACAGAAUUCUCCUCAGACCGCAGGAGAAAAAGCUGGGACUAGGAACUGCCUAUAUUCAUGGAAAAAAACAUGCCACAGGAAACUAUGUCAUCAUUAUGGACGCUGACCUUUCACACCAUACAAAAUUUAUUCCUGAAUUCAUCAGGAAACAAAAGGAAGGUAAUUUUGAUAUUGCCUCUGGAACUCACUACAAAGGAAGUGGAGGUGUCUAUGGCUGGGAUUUGAAAAGAAAGAUAAUCAGCCAUGGGGCCAAUUUCAUAACUCAGAUUUUGCUGAGACCAGGAGCAUGGGAUUUAACCAGAAGUUUCAGAUUAUACAGAAAAGUAGUUCUACAGAAAUUAAUAGAAGAGUGUGUUUCUAAAGGCUACAUCUUUCAGAUGGAGAUGAUUGCCCAGGCAAGACAAUUGAAUUACACUGUUGGUGAGGUUCUAAUAUAA